UCGGUUCCCAGGUUUACACUGGACUCGAGUUCUUAACACGCCGACGCCAUUUUCAAUGAAAUCGUAAAAGUCGGAGACACUGCACGGUCCGUAUGUAGAAGUUCUUUGGCUCUAAAUUACACUGCAUUUGGUGUAUUUCGUGCUGCCUAGGGCUCAAUUCUAGAUCCGCACACACACCCGAGCCAAACAGCAGUCAGUGCACACUGGUGUGUAGAGGAGGGCGAAACAAACCGCGCGUGAGCCAGAGCGAGCUGGAUAGCUGACGGGUGGUAUAACAAGUGAGAGAGAAGCCAACAGAGAAAGAAGUGUGCGUGCGUAUGUGUGUGUGAUAGAGAAAAAGAGAGAGAGAGAGAGCAAGAGCACAACGUCGAACGACGGGCGUUGUACUUCAUCGUCGUCAUUGUCAUUAUCGUCAUCAUUGUCAUCAUCGGUCAUCGAGCAACCCGAUCGCAGUCAUCGCAGGCUGGUGUGGUGGCUGGCGAAAAUUGCAAAGAAUAAAGGAGGAGAGAGAACGUAGUGCUAGCAACAAUCUUCUUCAUUCCCGUGUCAGCAACAAAUCAAGUGAGCAUCGUUUGGCUCAGCCGUGUGCGAGUGUGUGUGUGUGUGGUAGCUGCAAGUGUGCAAACUACAGUGACGUGAGUGAGCCCUGCUCGGAGUGCACGGGAGAAGUGUGGAAGAAGGCGAGACCGGCAGGAGUUGUGCAAGUGUCAUUAAAACGGUGAUACACAUCAAGUACAAACAAAAAUCCCCGAAUUCCAACGAGUCGUCCUUUCACGCCCAAAGGGUCAUUUUGGCAAUAGGAAGCGGCAGUGGUGUGUUGUAGUGAGCGAAAUUUUCCAUACUGCGCGUGUGGUGCUAACUAAACUAGACGGCCAAAGGGUGCCAAACUCAUCUACAUCAUCACCGACAUCAUCGUCAUCAUCUGUUACCUGGCCGAGGCACUGGGGAGUUGGUUGCUACAGCCACGCCGCGGUGUGCUUUGUUGAGGAAGCAUUUUUCUCCGCGCUUUCCUCCGUGUGUCGUCGUCACCGUGCGUGCGCCUGCUGAAAAUCGAAGCCGCGAACCACCUCCACCACCACCACCACCAAUCCGGUCGGUACGAUGACGGAGUACAAACUAGUGGUAGUAGGCGCUGGAGGUGUCGGCAAGUCGGCACUGACCAUACAGCUUAUUCAGAACCAUUUCGUAGAUGAGUACGAUCCGACAAUUGAAGAUUCCUACCGGAAGCAAGUAGUUAUAGAUGGCGAAACGUGUUUGCUGGACAUUCUGGACACAGCCGGUCAGGAGGAGUAUUCCGCGAUGCGUGAUCAGUAUAUGCGAACGGGUGAAGGAUUUCUGCUAGUAUUUGCUGUUAACAGUGCCAAAAGUUUCGAAGAUAUAGGAACCUACAGAGAACAGAUUAAGCGCGUUAAAGACGCAGAAGAGGUGCCGAUGGUGUUAGUUGGCAACAAGUGCGACCUGCAAGCGUGGGCAGUGGAUAUGAACCAGGCCAGAGAUGUGGCGAAACAGUACGGUGUCCCGUUUGUAGAAACCUCCGCCAAAACACGGAUGGGCGUCGACGACGCGUUCUACACGCUAGUGCGCGAAAUUCGCAAAGACAAAGAGAGGGGGAAGAAGAAUCGAAAGCACCACAAACUGGUAUCCAGCAGACGAUUCAAGUGCCAGCUGCUAUAAGGGGCCGCUUGAAAAAAAGGGAUCACCGUACGUUACCACCCUCUCUCCCCUUUUCUGCCACCGCAAGCUAGCAAGCCAGCAGCAGCAGCAGUAAUACAGUAUGUCCGCGCCUCGUUUUCUAAUAUUCGACUUAUUCAAUUCGAUACGUGUGUAAGAGAUGGCCGUAGCAAAACAAAGGAAGCAGAGGUAGCAGCAGUAGCAGAACACGGCAAGCCGCCUAUUAUUGAGCCUGGACGUUGUGUCCUGCGUUUCCGGUGCAUCGUCAACCCUGUCCUGCAGGGUCCCACACUAUUUCGCUUUGGUCGCCAGGGCACAGGGUAAAGCGCGAAAUGCUUCAUUCGAGCAGAGGGUAGAGUUGGAAGUUUCACACGCACACACAUCUUUUAAAACGCCGCCAAUCGCCAACCGCGUUUCGCAGUAGCUAGAUAACAACAUUCGGCCAAACCAACUCGACGUGCGACGAGGUGGUCGCAGGGGGAGCGUUAAAGGGAGAGAGGUUCACCCCUCCCCCCGGGAACAGGUGCUUCCAGUGGGAGGGGAGGGGAGGGGCGAGGGGGAUUCGUGGAGCGUUCGUUCGUAACAUUUAGCCAUUUUACCGUGAUUGAUACGCACAAAGCAGAUAGUUCCGUGGUUACAAAUUUAGCAGCAAGAAGUUUCAUUUUGCCACAUAAAGUGUGGGGUCGCGUUAGGGAGCGGCAGUGCAAUGCACAUGUUUUGAGGGGGAGGGGGAGGGUGGGAGUUGGGGGUAUACAUUUUGAAGCGGGAAUCUUACAAGAGUCGCAUCCAACAGUGCGCGCUUUAGACUUGUGGAUGAGGGAAAAAUAAUUCCGCUAGUAUAUACCUGCAUUGAAACGCGAAAGGUGCGGAAUGUGGACGGCUGAAACUUUCUCCCCUCUCUCCCUCUCCCUCUCUCUUUCUCUCCCGCCCGCUAUUUCUCUCUGGCAAACAUCCUUUGCCGGCAGUUACGAUAACACUAAUGUUACAAAACGAAGAAGCAGAAGAAGGAAAAAAAUAUAACAAAUAAGAAGAAACAAGCUGGCGAUAUGUAUAGGCAAUGUUUGUAUCUAAUCUUUGUACCCAGCAACACGGGAGCUAACGUUUCUUCACUUUUCUGCCUGUAAAGAGCGCCAAACAUAAGGAAGGGGUGGUGUAACAUUAAUUACGACCAUUUAGGUAAUCUUAGAUAUCUCUUUUGCUCUUAAACUCAUGUGUCUACUACCCGAGGAACGAACGCGUGUAAUGAAGUACGAAAGUAUGCACGAAUUUGCGAAAUAAUCCAAAUGCUUUUUUUUUCUCUGGAUGAUGAUGAAGAUGUUGUUUGUUGUUCCUUUACAUGAAAUCAUCCGGACGGUGGUAGUAUAGGCCAAUGGUGUGUGCGUACGCGCGCGCAAAUGUGUGUGUGUGUGUAUGUGGUUUGGUUAACCUGAUGCAAGGACGAUGCAUUUCACAAGCAAACAUACAUAGAAGAAGCAAAAACAAUUACGACUCACUGUCCGGAGGAUGAAAACGAACAGCUACGGUAAAACAUUCACACAUUCACUGUAACACACGCAAGCACACACACACACACCACGGGUAGGGGUGGUAUCCUUGACCGGGAUACGGUAAGGACGACCGGGGCGAGGUGUGCAGGCUAACCGUUAUGCCCGGGUUGUGCAGAAUGCACGGAUGCGUUUGAAUAGAUUAGUAAGAUUUCUAAAAGAAAACCCGCCAGGCAGUGCUCCGACGUGUGUUAGAUAAAGAGAAUUGAGACGGGAAGCAAACGACAUACAUAUACACACACAUCUACAGACACGCAAUCCAUAAAUAAUCCGAUAUUUUAGGUUUUAAUAUUAAUCGAACCAUGAACGCGAAAAGCAGAUGAAAAAAAAGUAUGACAGUAAACAAAACAAACACAACAAAGUUGACCUUAAUUACAUCAUUUACUUUUCGUGCGUUGGCUGACACUAAUAACUCUCCACUCCCAGCAGCAAGAAGGUUCGCUCUAUUCGCAUCUCGUAUGAUGCCGGAUCGUUGGUAUCGGUUCCGGACGUGGAUAGCACAAUUACAGCUUUACUAUAACUAUUACAUACGAGGGAGAGAACUCAACAGAUGGGAUGGGGCGGGAUAGUGGUUUUUGGCCAUAGGGGUACGAUGUAACAAAACUGACGUGGUAUUGCUUAUGUCUGAUUUGUCGUUGUGUUUCGAAUCGUUCCUUUCACACUAUCACAAUUGUGUUCAAACUCGCACUCGCGGUGUCGGUUCGAAAGAAACCCACCCCAUCUUUAGCUGCACAUUCAAAAGUUAUAGUAUGUCAAUUUGUACAAAACACAUCGGAAUAAUUGUACCCGCUGCUUCCACCUACCCCCACACUCGAGGCGGGAACUCGGGACCCCUUUGGUAUGAUUGGUAUUUUGUUCGUCGUGAUCGUUUAGGACUGCCCUUUCUGGCUGCACUCAGUUACUCCAGUUGGUAUGAAGCAAUGUUUUAGAGGGGUGAGGGGGAAACAAUGUGUACCACAAGCAUGAACCGCGAAGGUAGAGGGAAAGAAUCUACUGUAAGUAGGAGCAAAACACUCAGGCCGCAUUGGGGCCCCAUGUGCACGACACAUGCCAGGUGCGUUCCAAUGGAUAUAGGAAUAUUAUGUGCAAAAAUUCAACUAAUGGCAACAAAGGUAACGUGUACUCAUGGACGGACGUGGACGGAACAUAAGCUGGGAGGAAUAUGGGCGUGUGGUGGUACUUUGCCAGAGAGAUUCUGUCCAUGUGUGUGUGUAUGUGUGUGAAACCUCUGCAGAAAUCUUUCAGGGUUAAUCAUAAUAUUGAGAUAUAUAUAUAUAUA